AUGUCGCCUCUCGACCCCAUUACCACCAUUCUGGCGAUCCUCGGGAUCAGCAUCCCCAUCCAUGGUCCCGCGGAUAGCACCGUCAACUCGCAAGUGCGCCUCGCAUACGCAGGUCAUACGGGGAUGAUGGUGUCAUGGAAUACAUUCUCCCAAGUCGAAACUCCAGCGGUCUUCUACGGCCGCGAUCGUCAUGCGCUUAUCAACUGCGCAACCUCCGACGUUUCUGUUACCUACAACACGUCUUUGACAUACAACAACCAUGUCAAACUCACCGGGCUAGAGCCAGAUACCCUCUAUUACUAUUUGCCCACGCCACUGCUAAAGGACAAUACGACGGUUGCCCCGUAUUCUUUCCGCACCAGCCGAGCACCGGGAGAUGGAACCCCAUAUACCGUGGCUGUGACUAUUGACAUGGGAACGAUGGGACCGCUGGGGCUGAGUACGAGUGCGGGGACCGGUGUUUCUCCCAACAAUGUUUUACAACCAGGUGAAAUCAACACCGUCCAGUCUAUGAUAGCGGCUGUCGACCAGUAUGAAUUCGUUUGGCAGCCUGGAGAUAUGGGCUACGCGGACUACUGGCUCACCGAAGAAAUCCAAGGUUUCCUUCCCAACACCACCAUCGCGGAUGGCUACAAAGUCUAUGAAUCCAUCAUGAACCAGUUCUACGAUGAUCUCACCCCGAUCACAACUCAAAAACCGUACAUGGUCGGACCCGGCAACCACGAAGCUAAUUGCGAUGCAGGCGGAGUCACCGACACAUCGAAAAACAUCACAUAUGAUGGCAGUAUUUGCAUGCCUGGCCAGUCCAACUUCACUGGCUACAUCAACCACUUUCGCAUGCCUUCUGAUGUUUCUGGUGGGACGGGCAAUUUCUGGUAUAGUUUUGACCAUGGAAUGGCGCAUUACAUCCAACUCGAUACCGAGACAGAUCUCGGGCACGGGUUCAUUGCUCCGGAUGAGCCGGGUGGAUCAGGGGGCAAACUUGAUUCGGGACCGUUCAACUAUACUAUGAAUGCUCAAACCACCUGGUUGGAACAAGAUCUGGCGGCUGUAGAUCGGACGAAGACGCCAUGGAUCAUUGUCGCGGGACACAGACCAUGGUACCUGUCAUAUGCGAACGUGUCGAAGACCAUUUGCUGGACCUGCAAGGAUGUCUUUGAGCCACUUCUCAUUCAAUACGGCGUUGACUUGGUUAUCACAGGACAUGCACACUUCUACGAGCGAAACGCUCCUAUCGCAAAUGAAGUGAUUGAUCCCAAUGAGCUGAAUAACCCUUCAGCGCCGUGGUACAUCACCAAUGGAGCAGCUGGCCAUUACGAUGGUCUCAACGCUAUGGCCGUCCCAUUCAAACCAUACCAUCGCUUCGGUCUCGAUACCCACAAUGCCACAUACGGAUGGUCGCAGCUCACUUUCCACAAUUGCACACAUAUGACGCACGACUUUAUCGCCUCGAAGAAUGGCUCAGUCCUGGAUACGGCCACUUUGUACAAAAGCAGGAAUUGCUCGGUCACACCAUCGAAGAGGAGUGUUCCUGUUGAGGAUCUCUGA